ACACCUUCCUUUACAUGACCAACUACACUUCUUGCUCGAAGACAGGCGUUGUUGUAGUUAGGGUUUUCGCGUGGCCGUUAUAGCAGAGCAAAGCAGAGCAAAGAGAACCAAAUCUUGCAGAAAUGGCUCCAAAGAAAGGUGUCAAGCCAGCUGCAGCAGCUAAGAAGAAACCGGAGAAGGUAGUUAACCCUGUUUUCGAGAAGCGUCCGAAGCAGUUUGGGAUAGGAGGGGCAUUGCCUCCGAAGAGAGAUCUUCACAGGUUCGUGAAGUGGCCCAAGGUUGUGCAGAUUCAGAGGAAGAGAAGGAUCCUCAACCAGCGCUUGAAGGUCCCACCACCUUUGAAUCAAUUUACCAAGACCCUCGACAAGAACCUUGCUACAAGUCUCUUCAAGAUGCUUCUCAAGUACAGGCCCGAGGAUAAGGCAGCCAAAAAGGAGCGCCUCCUGAGAAGGGCUCAGGCUGAGACCGAAGGAAAACCUAUUGAGGCUAAAAAGCCUAUUGUUGUGAAAUAUGGUCUCAACCAUGUCACCUACCUCAUUGAGCAGAACAAAGCACAAUUGGUUGUUAUUGCUCAUGACGUGGACCCAAUAGAGUUGGCUGUCUGGCUUCCUGCAUUGUGCAGAAAGAUGGAGAUCCCAUACUGCAUUGUCAAAGGAAAAGCUCGAUUGGGAACGGUUGUCCACCAGAAAACUGCAGCAGUUCUGUGCUUGACCACCGUCAAGAAUGAGGACAAGUUAGAGUUCAGCAAGAUAUUGGAGGCUAUUAAGGCUAACUUCAAUGACAAGUACGAUGAGUAUAGGAAGAAGUGGGGUGGUGGUAUCAUGGGUUCCAAAUCCCAAGCCAAAACCAAGGCCAAAGAGAGGCUUCUUGCUAAGGAAGUUGCUCAAAGGAUGGGCUGAGAGAGUUAAACUGUAAGCUCUCUUCAAAAAAGAGAGUUUUAAUCACAUAGGUCCUGCUUCCUCGCAGGAAACUAUUUGAGGACUUGCUUCCAUCCUAAGUUUUGUUUGUCAUUGUGAUCCACAUUAUAACUGCCUAGUUUUUGUUUUUGCUUUGUUUUUUGUCGAGGGCAAGUUAUGUUCAAUUCAAUAGGAUGCUGAAUGUAAGAUUUCAGGGGAUAUUGUUUUAUCUUUUUUUGGAUAAAUGGCGUUGGAUGAUGUUCUACUUUAGGCAAAUAACUGGAGGAAUCUGAUCAAUGUCAUGAUUAAUGUCCUUUCUCAAA